ACCUCAACAUGAAAUUUCCCAUCCAACAAGUCAAACAGCUACCCCUGACACCGCCCAUGAGGUCAUCACAACUCUAUAGUUUUUUUUUCUUUCUUUUCUUCGUAACAAGACUCUUAUUAAAGAGUUUAUAUAUUUAAGAAGAGUGAGACUAAGUUUAGUAUUACUCAACACUCAACACUCAACACUUAACAAAACGACAUGUUUAGGAUGGCUACGAUUUGGGAUCCUUGUGGGACGGUUGUCCUAUGUGGCCACUAAUAAUGUCAAAAAAUAUUUAUGAAAUCCAAAUGUCUUUUUCCAACCAAUAAAAAAACCUCAUCACUCCUGCAUCCUUGUCAAAAGCCAACCACAGCGAGACAAGGACUUAUUCAUAUAUAAAUUUCACCAACUAAACCCACCAACAGGCACGGCCACCCGAGUUAACUAAACUCACACACAGAGUGUCGUUUUGGGUUACAUGGACAACCACCGAAACCCAACCCCGAAAAACGCCAUUGGGCUGUGUCUCCUCCCACAGGAACUAAUCCAAAACAUCUUCCUCUCCCUAGUACUCCCCGAAAUCAUUCGCUUGAAGCUCCUCAACAAGUCCUUCUCCCGAAUCAUCUCCGACCACGCCUUCGUUCGCCAGUGCAACCACCUAUCAACCUCCACCACGUGGCUCUUCGUCUACAAAAAGCGCUGGCUCCGCGACGCCGUGCUCCACGCCUUCACCGACCGGAGCUCCGACCGCUGGUUCCGCAUCCCCAUCGCCGACCUCCUCAAACCCGCCCACUUCCACGGCGAGGAUCUCUACUUCCUCGCCGCCUCCAACAACGUCUUCCUCUUCGCCUCCAACACCGUCCGCGAGGUCGUCGCCGUUAACCUCGUCGCCGUCACCGUCAAAAGAAUCCCCCCUUCCCCGCUCGGCCCACGUGGCACCUCCUCCUGGAGGCGGUCCGGGAUGAAGCUCGUGGCCGACCCGUCCGGCUCGGGCCAGUUCCGGUUCAUGUUCGCGGAGUUCGUCGCGAACCGGCCCGUUCUGUUCGUGUACGACUCGGGGUCCGACACGUGGCAGUCGAGGGAGGCGGAGGAGAGCGUGGUGGCGCCACGUGGAGGGGGUCACGUUUUCCUGAACGUGGUUCACGGGCCGAGGGAGAGCGUGUUGGUGGCGUCGUCGGGGGAGCGUUCCGCCCCCGUGGUCCUGCGGCCGCGGUUCGACGAGGGGAGGACCGGAAACCUGACGGUGGGGUUCAGCUGGGGGAGCGUGAUCGACCGGCUACACGUGUACGGUGAUGGGUACAUGAUGAUCGUGAAAUCGGAGGGUGAUGGCGAGGGCGCGAGGGUGCUCAAGGGUGUGGAGCUUUGGGGGUUGGGGUUGGAGGGGAGAAAGUGGGAGCUUGUGUCUGCGGCUCGCGGCGUCAUUCGGAAGCCUUAUGCGGCUAUGAUGGGGUGCUUGGAGGAGAAAAACGGCGUCGUUAAGGCUGCUUUGGUGUCCAAUUGUGAGGGGCUUUGGGACAUGACGUGGCUCUCUUUCGACACCAAGUGGAACCACUGGACGUGGAUGCCUCUCCCUGAUUGCAAGAUGAAGGGUUGGAACAUGGCUGGCAUAAGCUUCUCCUCGGGACUUACCUUGCCGUGAAUGUGAUUCAACAACAUCUUGUUACUUGUCUUGUGUUACACCUCAAUAAUGCUUGCUUCUCCUGCUUUUUUUUCUAGACUUGUUUUGUUGUAACCAUGUGUAAAUACGAUUAGUUUAGCUAGCUGAAUAAAUGAGUUUAUUAAGACCGUUUAGUAUA